AUGCUAAUCGGUAUCUCUGGCUCCAUCUGCGCCGGCAAACACACGACAGCCGAAUACCUAGUCCAACACCACGGCUUUCUACGUCUACAUCUUCCCACACCCUCACAACUUCAACCACUGUCUCAUUCUCCAUCUCCCACUCCAUCACAAUCCGCAUCGGUAUCAGAGACAGAAACCCUGGCCCGUCUGCUCCCCAGCGUGGCGGACCAAAAGGGUACCCGCGGCCUGACGUUUCCAGAUGUCGAGAGUCUCUUGGAGUUCGUCACUCGUCGAUGGCGUGAGCACUGGGUUCUCACCGACAUUUACGAUGAGGCUUCGCUUGAGGCGCUGCUGAGGAGACCGUUCUUUUUGCUGUUGAAUGUCGACGCUCCUGUGGGCGUGCGGUAUGCCCGGUUCAGUGAGCGCUGUCGAAAGCGGAACCUCUCCCCCAUGCCCCUGGCGGACUUCAUCUAUUACAACGACCUCCAACUCUACGGCUCGCGAGCAUCAUCCACCACACUUGACGCCCUGGAUUCCCCUCCCAACACAAGUACCAAAACGACUUCCUCAACUCCGAUACCGACAGCCUAUACCUCGGGCACCGCUCACCUUCUCACGCGCUCGCACGUACAAAUCCUCAACUUCCACCGGACGAUCAAUGACUAUUACGCCUUUCUCUCGACACUCGACCUCCCGAGCCCGAUCCGCCUCCGUCCAACAUGGGACGCAUAUUUCAUGACGCUCGCAUCGUUGGCGUCGCAGCGGAGUAACUGCAUGAAACGUCGUGUCGGGUGCGUGCUAGUCCACAACGCCCGCAUCAUUAGCACAGGCUACAAUGGCACGCCACGUAACUUGGUCAACUGCAACGAGGGCGGGUGUGCGCGGUGCAACAGUGCGAGUUCCGGUGGCUCGGCGCUGUCGACCUGCCUGUGUCUGCAUGCUGAGGAGAAUGCACUGUUGGAAGCGGGCAGAGAACGCAUUCGUGAUGGCAGCGUUUUGUACUGUGAUACGUGUCCGUGUUUGACCUGUAGUGUCAAGAUUGCGCAGGUCGGGGUCAAGGAGGUUGUGUACAGUCAGAGUUAUAAUAUGGAUGAGGCGAGUCGGAGGGUAUUGAAGGAGGCUGGCGUCGUGUUGAGGCAGUUUAGUCCGCCGAGAAGUGGGUUGGUAGGGUUCACGGCUCCCGAGACAGAUGGAGAGGGGGCGGAAGAGAGAGAAUUGGUUUUUUGGAAUGGUCAAAAGUAG